AUGCCAAGCCCAUCCUCAUCUCCUCUUCCUCCUUGGCUUCUGCAGGACCAGCAAAUACCUUCACAUGAAGAGUCCACAGGUACCAUGCUCUACAACACCAUUCCAAAUUCGACAUCAUGUUGUAGCAUGGACGACGCGAAUGGAGAAACUCACUCAAAAGACACGAAUUUUGUCAUUCAAGUCUUGCAACCAGAUGCAUCACUUCCUUGCUCACCAUGCAGCAGCACUAUUGGACAAAGAACGUUUUCUUCAACAACUUGUAGUACAACUUACCAUUCCCGUUGCACGACGACGACCACGACAACGAGUAGUGUGGAAUUGAAUUACCUCCACUACCAGCCUACUCCUCUUAAUUCUCAUUUAUUUUCCAUCAGGAGCAUCACGCAAUUCUAUCCCAUCGUUCGAUUCGUCUUUGCAUGUACCUUCUUUUUCACAUCAUCCUUUCUGACUCGUUUCAUAACCAUGUACAUUUUGGUUCCCUCAGUUGAUUUAACACAACCUCCACUCCAUGAUAUCCUCCUAGAUCGAAUUUCAUCUCCUUUUCCAGAAGCUUUUAAAAUCACAGAAUGUAUUACGGCGGUACUUGCUUUGCUCAUGGUUUUGUUGUCGUGUUUCAACCGAACUCAUAGAUUCAAUAUAUUGGCUAGAUUUCUCUUGUUGGAUGGUAUUUUGUUAAUUCUGAGAAUUAUAUCCAUGUCUAGUACAAUAUUGAGCAUACCCAAUGCCAAUGAUGUCACAAAAUGCCAAACCUUACAACAAAUGUCACUCAAAGAACGAAUGUUUGGGAGGAGCAAUACACGAAAUGAACAAGAAACCACCAUGAUUGGUUACACUUGUGGAGAUUACAUGUUUUCUGGACAUACCUGUGCUGUGACAUUGUGUACCUUCUUUGUCCUGUAUUAUUCUUCAACAAAUUAUUCUUUCCAUUCGACAUCGAAUGAUGACAACAAUUCGAGAAUUGGAAGAAGAAUUUGGUUUGGAAUGAGAUUCAUGGUUGUGGUUGUUCUCGUUUCAAGUUGUAUCAUGGGAUUGUUUUGUAUUGUGUGGUCAAAAGAACAUUACACAGCAGAUGUGGUUGUUGCUUGUCUUCUCACUGUCCUAUUGUGCAUGGUGUAUCAUUAUCAAUUACACUUGUAUUGUCAAGUCAAGGCUAUGAAACAACGAAAUAUUGGAAUGACUUCAUCAUCAUCUAUGCAGCAGAUACCAGUUGAACAAUCCACGUCUUCUGUAACGGACAAAACUCUGUUUACGAAUCCUCUGAACUGGAUGACCUUUUGGUUCUUCUCAUGGUUUGAAUAUGACAUGAAUUACAAUGACAUUUUGAAGAGCAAUGAAUUUGACUUGAAACCAUUGGAAUGGAUUGGAAAGGUUUGGAAAUAUAUUCAGAGUCUAUUGUUCAGAGGAAUGAUUCCGCAUCAAGAAGAAGAAGAAAUUGACAAUUCAUAA